CUCUACCCAUUCAUCCAUUCAUCUAUUAAAGUCUGAAGUGCCAAGCUAAUUCUAACAAUUUCUAGGUAUUUCUUCCUUCAUUCCCAUAUUAUUAGAAAGUUUAGCGAGGGAAAAUGGCGUCCUGCUGUCUGACCGACAAACACCUUGCGGCGACUACUCGGACGGACAAUGCAUAGUAACCAUUCUCGGCAUCGAUGUUAACACGGCUAGUUUCGCCAUGUAUACCUUUAGUAUAAGCGUCCUGCUUCAAGCUCUAUUGGUGGUUAGCAUCAGUUGCGCCGCCGACCACGGCAACUAUCGAAAGCGGUUACUGUUGACAUUUGCGUGGGCGGGUAGUAUAUCCGUUAUGUUUUAUAUCUUCGUCUUUAGAGAGAUUUACUUAUUCGGCGCACUACUCGCCAUCAUCUCUAACACUUCGUUCGGAGCGUCUUUCGUGCUCCUGAACUCCUUCCUGCCCCUCCUCGUCAGUCAUCACCCAAAAGUACUGGAAUCAAUGGCCGGCAUUCCCGAGCAUCCCGAGCAUCCCGAGCACCCCGAGCACCCCGAUUUUGAAGAGAACCAAUCCCUCUCGGCUUCACAAACAAUAGCUGAUCACGACUCGGCGACUGGCUUAUUGAUGCGAGACGAUGCUGCCUCGGACAUUCACGAAUUACGCCAGGUACCAACUCACGAAGAGCUCACAUCCAUCGAACUCCAAUUAUCCACUCAGAUUUCCGCAAAAGGAGUUGGGAUCGGAUAUGGUGCUGGGCUAUUUGUUCAAUGUGCCUCCAUCAUGAUGUUGGUGGCAAUGGGUAGCUCCACCUGGUCCCAAAGAGUCGUCCUUUUCUCUAUCGGGGCUUGGUGGGCCAUUUUCACGAUACCGGCAGCUAUGUGGCUUAGAUCUAGGCCAGGGCCUCCCCUCCCGGAAAGCCAAAGCAAAGGCAUUCGCGCCUGGCUGUAUUACACGGUCUACUCCUGGAAAAACUUAUUUCGGACUAUCAAGCUGGCACGCCGACUGAUCGACAUAGUAUUAUUUCUAGCUAGUUGGUUUCUUAUCUCCGACGCCAUCGCGACGACAUCGUCCACCGCAAUUUUGUUCGCCAAGACCCAAUUGGGGAUGAAGCCUUGGGCAGUGGGGAUGAUUAGUGUGAUAUCUACGACCACGGGUGUGUUGGGCGCAUUCAGCUGGUCGUUCUUAUCGAGAUAUUUCAAGUUGAAGCCGCACCAAACCAUCCUGAGCUGCAUCGCGUUGUUCGAGCUCAUACCCCUCUAUGGGCUUUUAGGUUACUUGCCUUUUAUUCGGAAUUGGGGUGUUGGCGGGCUCCAGCGACCGUGGGAGAUGUACCCGCUAGCCGCUGUUUAUGGUUUCGUUCUCGGCGGCCUUGGCUCGUACUGCCGAUCCCUGUUUGGCGAGCUUAUCCCCCCCGGGUCCGAAGCUGCGUUCUACGCUCUGUACGCUAUUACCGACAAAGGGUCCAGCAUAUUCGGGCCCGUUAUCGUGGGGACUAUCAUAGACGUGACUGGCGAGAUUCGACCCUCCUUCUGGUUUUUGGCAGUGCUGGUUGGUCUGCCCGCACCGAUUAUCUAUUUCGUGAACGUGGAACGUGGAAAGCGGGACGGCGAGAGGCUGGCUGAGGUGAUCGAGGGGUUCAAGAGUAGGGAGGAUAGCCGCUUGAGCUCAUCCCACGAUGGCGAGGAAAAUCAAGGAAUGCUUGCUGGUGGCGAUGAGAACGGCGACGGGUAUACGAGAAUACCAUGAUAAAACAGGUUCAUUCUAGCGGUUCUGUCAAAAUAGUCUGUCUCAGUUUUGCAUAGCGACGGUGUUGACUAUUUGCUAUUUGUCAUACCUAUUACCUACAACUUGUACAGC